CACACCAGUCCUCCUCCCCCUGCUCACCCUCACUCACCAGCGAUCUACUACAGCUGCACGCGUCUCUGAGCGCCGUCUGGAAUCUGGAAAGUCCUUCAAAAUGACGAUGACACUGGCUUACUGGGAUAUCCGCGGGCUCGCCCAGCCCAUCCGCCUGCUGCUGGAGUACACCGGCACCAAGUAUGAGAACAAGUUUUUCUCCUGUGGUGAAGCCCCAGACUAUGACAAGAGCUGCUGGUUUGAUAUAAAACCAAAGCUUGGAAUGGACUUUCCCAAUCUGCCCUACUUGGAGGAUGGAGACAGGAAGAUUGUGCAGAGCAAUGCUAUCAUGAGAUACAUUGCUCGCAAGCACAAUAUGUGCGGAGAGACGGAGGACGAGAAGGUCCGCGUGGACAUCAUGGAAAACCAGUCAAUGGACUUCCGGAAUGGGUUUGUGAGGCUGUGCUACACUGACUUUGACAAGAUGAAGCCAGGUUACCUUGAGGCGCUGCCUGGCACACUGAAGCAGUUCUCGGAUUUCUUGGGAGACAGGAAGUGGUUCGCUGGUGACAAGAUCACCUUUGUGGACUUCAUUAUGUACGAGCUGUUGGAUCAACACAGGAUGUUUCAUCCUACUUGCCUGGACGACUUCAAGACACUCAAAGAUUUUUUGAACCGAUUUGAGGCUCUGGAGAAGAUUGCUGCCUACAUGAAGUCAGACAGGUUCAUGAAGACUCCUGUCAACAACAAGAUGGCCAAGUGGGGGAACAAGAAAGAAUAAAGAAAAUGCAUUCACGCCUUACAGAAGCAAUUAAGAGUUCUCAAGUGCAACUGACUCAAUAACCCCGUAAAUCAGGAAUAGAAAAGUUGUUCUGUGAUUUGUCUUUUUAUAAGCUGUUAAAUAGCUGAUUGUGUAGAUUUUUUGAUCACAUUUCAAAAUUUACAGUUCUGAGAUCAUUUUUAGUUGAACUGUUAAAAAAAGUCCAAUUUAAUACUGGAAGUUUGAACGUAAGUAGAAACUUUAUUUUGAUUUAAAGCACUUAAUUUCUUUGUUACAUCUGAGACAGAUUGUUUUUGACAAUAAACCUUGUAUGCACUUUG